AUGGAUGGAUCCAUUCGGUUUGGGGCCCGCUGGAACGCGGAUGAUGGAGGGCUGUUGAUUGGUUGGUGGGAUUGUAUAGCAGUGGGGACGGUGGACUCGGGAUUCGCAGUAUGGGAUGUCCUUGAGUAUAGGGCUACUCCUGAUUACCGGUUACUUGAGAGGUCCUGUUCAAAGUUCAGUCAGUAUGUGGUCAACUCUACCUGUCAGUUGCUUGAAUAG